AUGAAUAAUUUACCUAAUGGUGCCGGUUCAGCUAUUGGUGGGGCUGCAGCUUCAGGUUCAACAGGGAGUGGUGGUAGUAUGAAUGGUUGGCAAGGAAUGUAUACAAAUGAAGAAAGACAAAGAGUUGUAUCAUUAAUUAUGGAAACUUUGAACGAUUUACAUGGGUCUAAUAUUAAUUUUGAUAGAAAUAAGUUGACUAAAAUGGCUCAAACUUUUGAAAAAUCCGUUUAUGAAUCAGCAAAUUCUAGAGAUGAAUAUCUUAAAAAAAUCAAAUCAAAAAUUGGUCAAUUAAGAAUGCAAAAGCAACAAGCUCAACAAAGAUUAAGUCAACAAAAUGGGAACAAUAAUGGUAAUAUUAAUGGUGGUAACGUUAAUAGUGGCAUGAAUACUAAAACGAACGGCUUUAAUACUAAUUCAAUUAAUCCUAAAGGUGCACAAUUUUUACAACAACAAGCUCAAGUCAGAGGCCAAUCGCAAGCUCAAAUUCAAGCACGUCAACAACAACUUCGUAAUAUGGUCAAUCAACAGCAACAACAACAACAACAACAACAACAACAGCAACCAGAUCAAAUGAUGCAACCACAACAACAGUCUAAUAUGAAACAACAGCAAAAUUCACAGCAACAAAUGUCCAAUAGUUCGUCAAAUAUGCAACCACAGGUGCCUCCCCAAGUGCCUCCACAAAUUGUUCAAAUGAUUAAAAGUUCACCAAUUCCACCCCCAUUAUUAAGUAGAAUUCCAAAUUUACCACCAAAUGUGAAUACUUGGAAUCAAAUAUUUGACUUGAUAAGGCAAAAAGUUAUUCCUCAAGACUUAAUACCAACUAUCAAGGAAAUUCAUUCAACUCAUGUACAAUUAGCUAUGCGUCAACAACAACAAAAGUUUAAUAUGCAAAAUAGUAAUGGUACUAAUUUGACAUCAACAAAUAAUAAUCAAAAUUCAAGUCAAGCUGAAUUUAAUAAGAAUAUUAAUAUGAUGAUGAGCAAUUCGAAUUUCAAUUUAAAUAAUUUAACUCCACAACAAAAAGAACAACUUUUGAGACAAAGAAGUCUUCAUCAACAACAGUUGCAGAAACAAAAUAAUCAACAAAGUAACGAUUUGAGUCAAAAGCAACAACAAAUUCCACCUCCACAAUCUCAACCACAACCACAAAUGCAAAUACCAAAUCAAAUUCCACCAAAUCAAUCUUUACCAAAUCAACCUUUACCAAGUCAAUCUUUACCAAAUCAAUCACAACCGCAAACUUUUGAUCAGCAAAAACCACCGCAAUUUCAAAUUACUCAACAAGAUAUUAAUAAACAUAGUAACGAAGCUUUAUUAGUUUUGUCUAGAUUACAACAGCAAAAGCAAUUACAACGUCCUUUGGAUGAUAAUAUGAAAGAUACCUUUAUCAGAAAAUACAUACUUCAUCAAAAAAGUCAGUUAUGGAAACAACAACAACAACAACAACAACAACAAAGACAAGCAAAUAACCUUGGCACUAUAAGUAUUCCACCGCAAACAUCCCAACAACCACCUCAACAGCAGCAGCAACCAUCUCAACAGAUGCCCAUUCAACAACACUCUCAAAUGUCUCCGCCGCAAAAUCAGAGUUUACCACAAAGUCUGCCAUUAAUGAAUAAUUUAACUACUCCAAUGAUGCAACCUAAUACUCAAAUGAAUGUUAAUUUAUCUUCUCCCUUGAUUACGCAAAGAAAUUUGAAUAUUGGUAAUAACAAUAAUCAACAAAAACUAUCUACUGCUCCUGCUAAUGUUAAUUUAUCACAAUUAUUACCUCCAUUAACAAAUGAAGUAAAAUUAAAAUUAAAGCAAUUAAUUGAAGAAGUUACUGGCAACAAUGUUGUUUUGAAAGAUGUUACAAAUUUAUUAUCAGAGCAAGACAAGAUGACUGUUCGUGAUUCAAUGAAUAAAAUUCAACAAUCAUAUGGUAAUGUUGAUAUGGUUAUUAGUUAUUUUUACUUAUUAACCAAAAAUGCUGAAGGUACAAAGAGAUUAAUUCAAAUGAAGUAUAUGACAAAAAACAUUUUGGAUAAUUUACAACAAGGUCAUUAUUUAGCUGCACCUGAUUUAUUAGAGAAAUUGAAGAUACAAUAUGGUAAAUAUUUUGAUUAUGUUAAAGAGCAAAUUAGUUUUAGAAGGCAACAAGCAUUAACUCAACAAAACAAUGCUUUGGCACCACCUCCUCCUCAACAACAAAUGCAACAACAAAUGCAACAAAAUAGAGUACAACAACCAAUUCCACCACCGCAACAACAAAUGAUGCAAAAUCAAGCUAGAGGAAAUCAAGCAUUUAUGAAUCCAAAUCAACCACAAAUGAAUGCACCACCAAUGAUUAACCAAAUGAAUUGGCCAAUGCAAAGUCCAAUGAAAACUAAUCAACCACCACCACUGUUACCACCACAGCAACAACAACAAAAUAUGCGUCAACAAAGUAUGAAUGUGAUUCCACAACAAACACCAGUGAUGCAACAAAUGCCAAUGCAAAAUAUGGGUCAACCACAAACAAUGCAACAACAAUCUCCACCACCUUCACAGGCACAAAUGAAAGGAAUGCCUUCUCAAAUUCAAGUUCAAAGAAUACCGUCUCAAAUGCAAGCUCAACAACAACCUCCAGUGCCACAACCACUGGUUAAGCAAACAACUAAAAAAAGUGCAACAACACAAGGUAGAAAGAAAGGUAAAAAUUCAAUUAGUGGACCUGUAUCUUCAACUGUUCCAACACCUAGUGCAUUACCAGCACCAACUCCAGGUACGUUAGCAAAUGCAAUUAGAACUCCUCAUAGCAUGCCAACACCACAAAUUCCACCUCAAUCUCAUAGUAAUAAAAAUACACCAACUGGUCAAUCACCAAAUUAUCCAGUUAAACAAACACCAUCAUCUACAACUCCAGGUAAUUCAGCAUUGAAUUCAAGUCAAAGUAAUAUCUAUCCAACACCUGAUAUUGAUUUAUUUGCAAUGACUUCGCAAGAUUCCAAACUGAUUAAAAGAAGGGAAUUAUCAAAUACAGAUCCAGAAAAAUUCUUUUUUGCAUCAUUGAGUAAUUUAUUAAAUGUUGAUGAAUCCAUUGUGGAAAAUUCAAAUAUGAAUAAAUCACCAUUAUCUCCAACAAGUGGUUCAGGUGAAUGGACAAGUGAAAUUAACCCAUUGGCUAUUAUUUCAUCAUUUAGACAAGUUGAAUUUAUAAAAGAAAUUUCAAGCGGAGAUUUGAUUGAAGAAUGUUCAAGAAUCAAUGAAGAACAAGAAUUUGAUUCAAAUGGUAAUAAUGAUAAAAAGAGAGAAUAUGAUGGUGGUGAUGAUGAUGAUUUAGACAUGUUAUUUAAUGAAAAAAAGAUUAAAAUAGAAGAUGGUGAUGAACUUAAUAGAUUUCUAUAUGAACCAAUCCUGUUUGAUGAAUGGAAAGAGUUUAUAACAUCAAAAUAA